AUGAAUUUCUUAAGAGAAAUCGUUUCUGGUCCUAAAAAUAGGAUGAAGGAGGAUGGUUAUAAUUUAGAUUUGACCUAUGUCUGUCCAAGAGUUAUUGCCAUGAGUUAUCCAGCCUCCGGAGUGGAGAGCGUUUACAGGAAUCCUAUUGACAAAGUGACUAAAUUUAUCAAGUCCAAGCACUAAAACAACUUUUUAGUUUUCAACUUAAGUGGUAGAAUGUACAACUACGCUAAAUUUGAAGACUAGGUAUUAGAUUUCUAGUGGGAAGAUCAUCAUUCACCGCCAAUACACACUCUCUUUUUAAUAUGCUAAAAAAUGCAAAUGUUUUUAAAAGCAAAAAAAGAAAACGUUUGCAUUAUUCAUUGCUUAGCAGGCAAAGGCAGAACAGGAACAAUUAUAUGUUGUUUUCUAAUUUAUAGCGGUAUAAUUGAUACAACUGAAGAUGCAUUAAACUAUUACUCCAAAAAAAGAUUUAUUUAAGAAGGCUUUGGUGUCAAUCAGCCUUGCUAGAUUAGAUAUUUAGAUUACUUUCAUGAAAUACUUAAAAAUAGAGAAACCAGCCCAAUUUAUCCCAAAUUAGUUUAUAUAAAAAAAAUAGUCUUUUAUGGAAGGCCUAACUUUAAUACAUAAAAAGGAUGUAGACCAUAUUUUGAUAUUGUUUAUGUUAGAACAAAAUAGCUUAUUUUUUCGACCAAAAAAACUUAUUAAGAAGCACCAAAAUUUUUAGAAGGUGAUAGUUAUGAAUUUGAAUUUGAGUAAUAAGUAGCGUUGUGUGGAGAUCUUCUUAUAAGAAUUAAACAUAAUGGAUACUAUAAAAAUCAAAAAAUUGCUAGAAUAUCACUCAAUACAAGCUUUGUUCCUGAUGAAAACGUCAAGGUAUUGAGAUUUAAACUUGAAGAAUUAUCUCCAAGCAAUUUAUUAAAAGAUUCCAGAUUUCCAAAAACAUUUACUAUUGAAAUUCAUUUUGGACAAUUCUGCAACUGCACUAGAUUUACUUCAUUUAAAGACAAAUGUAAGAUAUGCAGUCCUUAAAUAUAAAAAGAAAAGGAGUACUGGGAAAUAAUGCAUCGAAUUUUAAAAAAUUAUUAUCCCCUUGAUAAAUAAGAAUAAAGAAAUUUACUCUUUGGGAAUCCAAAUUCUGAUGAUAUUUAACAAGUAUUGCAAAAUAAAUCAGUAGAAAAAUAAUACUAAAAUAAUACUUUCAAGUUUGAUACUCAAUAAGAUAAGUUUAUUUAAGAGAGUGAUGUUUAAAAGAAAGAAAAUGGCAAAAUGAACUCUGAUAUAGAAGAAGUGAAAGAAAAUUGCUCUCCUACUAAACAGCUUGACAAAAACUUCUAAUUUGACUAAUGUAAUAACAACGGUGAAGAUGAAAUAGUUUCGCCUAUAAAGAUAAGAAAAAGGUCAGAUGUGAGACAUAAUUUUUAUUCAGAAGACUAAGCCUUAUCAAGUAAAAAGAUUUAGAAGAAUUAAAUAAGAAUCAAUACAUCAUAGAGUGCAACUAAUAAUAAAGAAAAUGUAAAUACUUAAAGCAACACUAAAUUAUUAAAUGGAUCGCAAGGAUAAAUGUAAAUCAAUUAAUAGGUUGCUAACUAAAAUGAAUUAGAGAUCGAUAAUUAGCAAGACAACAACGAAGAUAAUGAUGACUAUGAUAACGAUGAAAUUAAUGACAUUCCUGAAGGACCUCCAUCUCCUUUAAGCCCUAAAAAUUCUUAUGCAAAUAAAAAUGAAAAUGAUACAGAUAUUGAUUCGCCCUAUGAAGACUCUCAUCCUAAUAUCCCUAAAAACUCUUAAAACUUCAGCUAAUUUUCAAAGGGAUAUAAGCAAACUUCCAAUUUAUUGCUGUUCGAUAAAGAUUCAUUUGAUGACUUACACAAUGACUCAGAUGAUCCUGCCCCUCAAAAGCCAUUCUAAGGUGAUAAAAUUUUUGUAAAUAAUAUGAAGCAUUAAUGA